AUGGACACUUCAGAGAUUGAGAUCGUCACCAGUCCUCCUCUGCAAGAUGAGUUCUUUGGAUCAAGUCCUUCGAACAACGAGACUGAAAAUACAACACCAUCUUUAUACACUAAAGAUGGCACUGUUGACUUCAGGGGAACCCCUGCAGUUAAUGCCACCACCGGGGGAAAGAGAACCAGUGCCAUACUGCUUGUGAACUAUGCCCUAAUGAACUUGGCAUUCGGUGGAGUUGCUGUUGACCUUGUCAUGUUCCUACGGAGGGUGCUUCGUCAGGAGAACGCCGCGGCUGCCAACGCCAUCAGCAAAUGGACUGGCACUGUCUACAUCUUUUCGCUCUUUGGUGCCUUCCUCAGCGACUCCUACAUGGGCCGCUACAUAACCUGCAUUGUGUUCCAGGUCAUCUAUAUCGUGGGUUUGGUGAUGCUGUCGCUGUCCUCGGUGUUCUUCCUGGUGGUGCCGUCGAGGUGCGGCGAUGGAGUAGGGUUGAGGCCGUGCCAACCACCAUCGCACCUCGGCAUUGUGAUGUUCCAGUUGUCAGCCUACACGACUGCAUUCGGGAUAGGCGGGUAUCAGCCGUCAGUGGCGACGUUCGGGGCAGACCAAUUCGAUGACUCAGACAACAGCGAGCGGGGCUCAAAGCUUGCCUUCUUCAGCUACUUCUACAUGGCGCUCAACAUCGGCUCCCUCUUCUCCAACACCUUCCUGGCAUUCUAUGAGGACAAGGGCAUGUGGGUCAGGGGAUUCUGGGCCUCCACAGCAGCUGCUGCACUUGGGCUUCUUGUCUUUCUUCUGGGGACACCAUACUACCGCCACUACAAGCCCACUGGCAACCCGCUCACACGCAUGGCCCAGGUGUUCACUGCUGCGUUCCGCAAGAGGCACAUCCAGACGCCCCCUGGUGAGAACCUCCAUGAUGUUGAAGAUGGUGAGGAUUCAGGGGUUCCAGGCAUUCGCAAACUCUUGCACAGAGAUCGGUUCAGGUGUCUUGAUAAGGCAGCUAUAGCGACUGAGGAGGACUACCAUGCUGGGAACACCAAGAAUCCGUGGAGGUUGUGCACGGUGACGCAGGUGGAGGAGGUGAAGUGCAUCCUGGGCUUGAUCCCCAUAUGGAUCUGCACCAUCAUCUACUCGCUUGAGUACACCCAAAUGGGGUCCACAUUCGUGGAGCAAGGUACGGCCAUGGACACCAACCUCUUUGGCAAGUUCCGCGUGCCUGCCGCAAGCAUGUCAGUGUUUGACAUCAUCAGCGUGAUCCUCUCCGUCCUUGCCUACCGCUUCGUCAUUGCGCCCAUGGCGUCAAGGUUCACAAAGAACCCCGAUGGCAUCACCGAUCUCCAACGCAUGGGCUCUGGGCUGAUCAUCGCGUUGAUCGGCAUGCUCGCCGCAGCAGUUGUUGAGAUCUACCGACGGCGUCAUAUUGUGGCAACGGACCAGCCAAGCCCCAUGAGUGUCCUCUGGCAGGCUCCACAGUACGCGCUGAUUGGUGCCUCAGAAGUCUUCAUGUACAUAGGCCAGCUAGAUUUCUUCAGUGGGCAGAUGCCGGACGGCAUGAAGUGCUUAGGCAGCUCGUUGUGCAUGGCGUCCAUCUCGCUUGGAAACUUUGUCAGCAUGCUGACAGUCAGUACAGUCAAUGCAAUCACCGGUCGGCGAAGGAACAGAGGCUGGAUCACAAAAAACAUUAACCAUGGACACCUUGAACGGUUCUUCCUGCUCCUGGUUGGGCUAUCAGUUCUUGACUUCAUCAUUUUUGUAGUAUUUGCCAUUAUAUACAAGGGCACCCAGUUUAAGGAGGGAAGAAGGCAUAUCUCUCAUUAA